CGAGUUGGUUGAAGGUGUUGUUCCUCCAAAGGGCUGCGUAUACCGAAUGGGACCCGGCGAGUUGGCGAAACUUCGACGACAGAUUGAUGAAAUGAUUGACAAGGGGUGGAUCAAGCCUAGCGAUUCUGAAUUUGGUGCUCGUGUGUUGUUUGUUCCAAAGAAAGGGGGCAAACUCCGCAUGUGUAUUGACUAUCGCGGUCUAAACCGCAUCACAAGAAAGAAUGUCUAUCCAUUGCCUCGUAUAGAUGACUUGCUUGAUGGCGCAGGUGGGUGCAAGGUCUUCUCCAAGAUCGAUCUCAAGUCUGGCUACCACCAGAUUGAAGUCGAUCCUGCGGAGCAGCACAAGACUGUGUUCAAAACACGCGAUGGGCUUUACGAGUUUACUGUAAUGCCUUUCGGUCUCACGAACGUACCAGCCACCUUCCAAAGCCACAUGGACAAGGUCCUCCGUGAACAGAUUGGUCGGUUCGUGGUGGUCUACCUCGAUGACAUACUAAUCUUCAGCAAGUUCAUUGAGGACCACCUCAAGCACCUUGAGGAAGUACUGACCAUCCUCAAGAAAACACAACUCCAUCUCAACUUAGAGAAAUCUGAGUUUGGAAAGGAUAGCGUCAUCUAUCUUGGGCAUCGGUUGUCUGCUGCAGGCCUGGAGCCUGAGGCAACCAAGGUGGAGGUCAUACGCAAUUGGCCUCACCCCGUGAACAUUUGCAAACUGCGUUCUUUUCUUGGCCCCGCGUCAUACUAUCGGAAUUUUGUACCCCACUUCUCUAUUGUUGCUCAUCCAUUGUCGCGGUUGACUAGUAAAAAUGUUCCCUAUUCUUGUGACGCCGCGUGCACAAAUGCCUUCCAAGCUUUAAAGGAAGCCUUGGUAAGUCAACCAGUACUCCACAUUGCAGAUCCCAAACUGACGUUCGUAGUCACCGCGGAUGCGAGCCAGUACGGAAUCGGCGCAGUGCUGCAGCAAGACGACGGCGAUGGCUUGCGGCCACUCGAAUACUAUAGCAAACGCAUGCCCAGCGUAAAGGUAGCCACUUCCACCUACAUGCGCGUGCGCCAUGCUUUGCGCAUGGCGUUGGACCACUGGAAACACUCUUUUGGGACGCCACUUCAAAGUCUUCUCAGAUCAUGAGACUCUGAAGUGGAUCAAACAGCAAACUACCCUGUCCCCUGCCUUGCUUCCCUGGUUCCAUGAGAUUGACAUUUUCGACU